AUGGCGGACUGCACUGCGUUGCUUUAUUUUUCUUUCCUUUCAGACACCCUCAGAGACAAAGAGCGACGGGGGAGAAAGAGGAAGAUGGGAGAGGAGGCUCCAGAGUCAUUCUAUGAAGACGCAUCUCAAUACGAUGAUCAGCUGACCUUUGAUGACAUGAACCUGUCCCGACCCAUCCUGAAGGCAAUCACCGCUCUGGGCUUCAAACAGCCGACCCCCAUCCAGAAGGCCUGUGUUCCUGUGGGCCUGCUGGGCCGAGACCUGUGUGCCUGUGCUGCCACUGGGACAGGGAAGACGGCAGCCUUCAUGUUGCCGGUGUUGGAGCGUUUGGUUUACAAGCCCCGGACAUCCCAGGUGACCCGGGUCUUGGUUCUAGUUCCAACCAGAGAACUGGGGAUCCAAGUUCACUCUGUGGCUCGUCAGCUCGCCCAGUUCACCUCCAUCACCACCUGCCUGGCUGUUGGUGGGUUGGACCUGAAGUCUCAGGAGGUAGCAUUGAGGGCGGGGCCAGACGUUCUGAUAGCUACACCUGGUCGGCUAAUCGAUCACCUUCACAACACGCCAUGCUUUGAACUGACUCACAUCGAAAUCCUGAUCCUGGAUGAGGCCGACAGGAUGCUGGACGAGUACUUUGAGGAACAAAUGAAGGAGAUCAUCAGAUUGUGUUCUUACAACAGACAGACCAUGUUGUUCUCCGCCACCAUGACAGAGGAGGUAAAGGACCUGGCAGCGGUGUCGUUGAAGCAGCCAAUCAGAAUCUUUGUUAACAGCAACACUGACGUGGCUCCAUUUCUACGACAAGAGUUUGUCCGAAUUCGACCCAACAGAGAGGGAGACAGAGAGGCUGUGGUGGCAGCCCUGCUCACUCGGACGUUCCAGGAUCACGUGAUGUGUUUCACUCAGACCAGGAAGCAGGCUCACAGACUCCACAUCCUGCUGGGGCUGAUGGGACUUAAGGUCGGAGAACUGCAUGGAGAACUGAGCCAGAACCAAAGACUGGAGAACCUCAGGCGUUUCAAAGAUGAACAGAUUGAUAUCUUGGUGGCCACAGAUGUAGCAGCCAGAGGUCUCGACAUCGAUGGAGUCAAAACGGUGAUUAACUUCACCAUGCCGUCCACAGUGAAGCACUACGUCACCGUGUUGGAACGGACGGCGAGGGCCCGGGGCGUUCGGCGGCGUUCAGUGUCUCCUGGUCGGAGAGUCCCGGAGAGGAAGACUCUGAAGGAGGUGGUGAAGUCGGCCAGAGCAGAAAGUGAAGCUCGAGUCCUGCCCAGAAGUCCCAUCCUGAAUUCAGAGUCUGAUCUCCCAAACUGGAGAAAGACGUUGAGGCCGGUGAUGAAGCUGGAAAGAGAGGAGAGAGAGCGCUUGGCUGCACUCCUGAGGCCCAAGGGCAGCAUCACCAGAAAGCAGGAAGCAGGAGGAAAGAAGUCCGUGUUUGAUAAGAGCUUCCACCCAACACCAGGCCGAGUAAAGGCUCUGAAACCACCUAACAGAGCGGGACACCUACCUGUCUCACCUGUACGCCUGUCUCGUUACAGACCGUCCUUCUCAGACCGGAAGCGUCUUGGUUUGGACAGGAAGCGUCCAGGUGGCUCCAGGUUCAAGAAGAAGUGAGAGCCAAGAUGGACGGCUGGAGCUGCAGUUUUCUUCUCCACAUCAUCAUCUUUGUGUUCACUGUGUAAAUCUGUCAGUUGUUUUGUUCAUUAAAGAAGUUUAAAAUAAAGUUUCGGUUUGUAAA